AUGACGGACUACAGCUUCCACCAACACCAUCAUCACCAAGAAGAAGAGGAGCCGUUUCAACAACAACAACAGUAUCAUCAGGAUCCAUCCUACGACUCUUUGUACGCCCGCAUUCACGCGGCACAAGGUCGGUUGCCUUGGACGGUCCUUCGUGCUUCCGCUGGCGCCCCACCGGAACUGUACUAUGGCGUCUUGAGUGUGGCCGUGGAAACUCUGGCGCUCCUCUUGUUUGUGGAAGCCGUGCGUCGCAAAUUGGAUCAUGCCGCCGUGGGUCGACCCAUUUUCCAAGCCGUCUUGGAUGGUGUCUAUCGAGAAUUGGCCACGCUCGGGAUUGUGGAACUCUUUAUUCAUUUGCUCCACGAGUACUAUGACAAUCUCGAUACGCAAAAGGAAGCCAUUUUUGUCGAUGUUCAUUUUGUCUUUUUCUACUGCGCCAUUUUCAAUGCCAUGCAAUCUUCCAUUCUCGCAUUCUUUGCCCAUCGAGUGUCCUACAAUACAUGGGUCAAAACGGAAGAAGUGGAACUCAAUCAUUACGUCGAAAUCAGAGAGGAGUUCGACCAAGUACGAUACGAACUCUACGGAGAUGAUCCACCCUACUCGCUGGGACGAAGUAGUCAACAACCCACAGACAGCGACAACGACCACAACAAUAGUGGUCCAAGACGAUCCAACAUGAUUCGAAAUCUAUCCGAAGGCAUUCAACGAUCCUCUCUUGACAUUAACAAUCAAAACAACAACUCACGUAGUAGUAACAAUUGCUGGAAUUCCCUCAAACUCUUUUGGGUCGGCAUCUUUUACACGGUCAAAUAUCCUCACUUGAAAGCCAAACACGACAAACUACUGGUACAAGUACGAUUCCACGAAUUGCGCAUUCAUUUUCUACAUGCAUACGAUUUGCCCGUCAAAGUCAAAAUAUCCACCUAUCUCAUGCGCUCCGAACAAGAAGUCAUUAAACAUCUCAUUCAUGUUUCCACCAUGGCAUGGCUCUGGUUGACGGGACUCAUUACCUUCAUGUACUACAUUACAGGAAUGGUGACGGAUGUCACGCAGGAUGCCGGAUCGGCCGGAGUUACAUUGCCCGUCUUUUUCUUUCUCGGCAUGGUCGUGUUCAUUCUCGUCAGUUUGCUGGUGCAUCGACGCAUGCAUCAAAUAUUCAUGACCAUUAUGGAAAUGAAACAUUUGUGGGAUUUUCGAAAGGAAGAUCCCAUUGCCUCGUCACAAACUGCAGGCGAUGAGGAUGAUGAUGUCCAACAAUACACGGAUCCCACACUGGCAUCGGAACAAAAACGACUCUUUUUUCUAGGAGAUCCCAAAUUGGUCAUUAUUGCCAUUCAAUUCAUGCAAUUCGGGUUCGCCAUUGCACUUUCGGUCGUUGUCGUGUACUGGGAAGACAUGAACGGGGGUGGAGUCGACGCCCCGGUCUAUCUCAUUGUGACACUCGUCUGUUAUUGUCUCUUUGUGUUCAUCAUGGCACAAACACUGGUCCGAUUCACCAUGGCCACUAGUUUGGGACAAUUGGUAGAUCGCAAACGAUUGCAUGAAGUCGUGGCAUUGUUUCGACUCGAAGAAGCCGAACGACGACGACAGCAACGCAAAGAUUUGGAUAUGAACUUUUUCUUUACUGGACAACAGCAACAGCCAUUAGCGCCGUGGAAGCAUCGAAAGCACAAGGCGGCCAAAGAAGGAGACGACGACGAUCCGUUUGAUUUGCAAGAAGCGGCGCCAGCGAUUUUGAACGAAGCAGUAGAAGUUCCGCUCCACCAGCAACAACCAGACAAGCCAACCAACGACAAUUCAUCACCCUUUCUCCCUCUGUCAGACAACACUGCGCUACGAGGAGAACCCUCGGACGAUAAUAUCGCGCCCAUGCCGCCAUCCGUGGAGACACCAACCCGACCGUCCUUGACAGCAAUACCCGAAAAGCAGGGAGCCAUACCCACAUUUGAACCCGAAAAGGCCAAUCUACUGGUAGAUCUCGUCAAGAUGGACACGAGCUCUUUGCGAAAUGCCGUUCCUCUAGAAGAUAUUCGAAGAGCCGAACGAAGAGAUCGUCGGCGGAAUCGACGUAAAUCCGUCUCGGAUGGUGUCGCUCUCAUGGCGGCACUUGGAAGUGUCACACCGCCAAGCUUUUUUACUGGCAGCAACAAUACUAAUGAUGCACCCAGCAAGGAUGUAGCAGCAGAAGACCCCGAAAGCAAAAAGAGUUCUAGACCAGAAAACAUGGCAACUGCUACGACUCCCAAGUUUGCCGUGGACGAUUCCGUCCUUCUCAAGAGAAAGGAACGCCGACGGAACUGGAAAAAGAGUGUUUCGGCCAGUGCGGCAAUCCAGCAAAUGAGAGAUUUCGAGGGAGAAAAGCAACCACCACAGGAUGCCAACCCGUCAAAUGAUGUGUGGACCAACAAGAUUAUUACAACACAACCUCCCAGUCAACCAUCAGGGCUCAUCUCCAAGAUUGCUCCCAAGAAAAUGAUGUUUUCCCCGAGUAACAGCAACAAUCCAACGACCAAGGACGACUCUGUCGUGCCAACACAACAGCGAAAGGACCGUCGUCGUAGACAACGAAAGAAGGCUCUCUCUGCGAGUGCGGCAAUACGGCUCAUGCGGGAAGGUUCGGAUGACGAAGACGAGGAGCGGCUGGCCAUGAUGGACUUUUGGGGUACGCCCAAAAAACAAGAAACAGUCCCUGAGGAUGCCCCUCUGGAGAGUACUGCUGUUCCUAGCAGUAGCCAGGUUGAUUCCGUUGGCAAUCAAGAGCUUCAGCAAUCAGAGCAGCAGAUGCAGAUGACCCAGCCGCUUCAAGCCGUCGUGAACAACCCGAUAGCGCCCCCGAAGAGACAGCCACUCGCGCUAGAGACAGUGAGGGAAGUAUCAGGAGAUAUUUCCGGUCAUAUGGAGGAUGAGUCAUUGACUCAAGCCGAAUUUUCGGAGCGAAGAGGAGACCCGCUAGCCCUGUCGCCCUCGUCGUCGAAUGCCGACCCUCUCCAAAAAAGUGAUACGAAUGCUGACGACGACGACGAAACCUUAGAUACUGAUCGAUCUGUUGGUGGCCUAAGUCACGUCGGCGAUGUCGACGAAAUCAAUUACCAUCAGUAUGGUUCGUUUUAUGACGACGAAGGCGAGCUAUACGGCUUGGCACGGUUGAAUCGCUUCAAUGAUUCGAUGCGCAAGUUUUAUCUCAGUCGGCGUUAUGGUUUCGUUACGCAUUUGUUAGGCUCAAUGGGUUGUUUCUUCAUCAUCGGAAUGAGGAUUGAGGGUUUCCUGAAGCAGAGCUGUAUUAUCCCUGUUGAAGAUCAUUCCUGGGAGUUUUCCCUCAAAACGUGCUUCGCGCUCGUAACGACGUUUCUGAUCUUUUUCCUGGUCGCGUCCGUGUACAUGAUCAUUCUCUUCCCCGCCUACCGUGAUGACUGCGAAGUGGAUAUUAUUGGAUGCAGCAAACGAGUGCAAUGGCUUCGGUUUGUCGCAGCUGUAAUCGACAUGAUCAUUUCGUUCACGUGCCUCAUGUUGUUCUUCGGUGCAGAAGCUGCACGCUGCUGUAACGGAAACGAAUACCCCAGUGAAUCGUACUACCCAGACGAACACGGUUAUGAUGCUGCUAACGAUUCAAAAUAUGGCGACGAAAGCAAAGAGCCAUACCAGACAACACACGACAACUACGGUAACCCAGAUGACGUCGAUCAUCGAUUUCUUGCAGGGGGCUAUGACACGUACGACGAACCCAAAGCGCCUUGUGUUGACAGCACAAUUUACUGCAACUGCCCUCGUUUUGGAACGAGGCUGGAAGGUGGGCUUGGAAACAUCGAGCCAUUCGUUGCUCUGAUAGUCUUGCGAAUGUUUCGAUAUAUCCUGGCCAAGAAGAUUGUCCAGAUGUUUGAUCUUGGUCUUGUUGUUGGCGAUUUGGAGGACAAGGAUGACACUAAGAGCAGCAAAAGAUCCCAUGGCGGCCUCAUUAGCGAGCACGGGGGUCAUGGCGGGGUGGACAAGCUUAAAAAAGGAACCGUGGUUGAGCUGUGGCAGGCGGCUAUCGCUCAGUUCCCAGAGAUCGUGGAGGAGCACGGCGAAUUCAGCGGCGAGCUGCUUCAGGCUAUGCUUGGUGUUGAAGUCGCGAGUCCUCCACUAACGUUGCCGCAACCAGAACCUCAUCAUGUUCUGGAAUCCUCCAGUGUUCCAACCCCAAGUGAAGGCGCCACAAGCGGGAUUUUGAUGCGGAAAAACUCCUUGCCGUUUUCCGACCACGCUGGCAAUGAUCAUAUCACCUUGCAAGAAAAGAAGUACUGCAAGCUCGCACCCGAAGUGCAGGGAAUCAUUGCUGCCGGGAAGUUAGGUUGUCCGGUGAAGUCCUGUACCGAUUUUGCGACACUUUCUCGACCGUCGUCUGUGCCAAGUCUGACCGAGAUCGAGCAUACAAUCGCUGAUGCAGGUGCUGGAAUAGAAUUCCAAAGGGAUGUCGCACAAAUGGAGUUGGAACAAAUGGAAUCAACUUUGGCAUUCGAGUAUCCGAACGAUCGGCUGGUCAGAUCCAUGAGAAGAUGCGACAAGAAGCUGUUGCCACUGCUUGACAAGUGGUGCCCUGUAGAUGUGUUGCUGACAAAGCACGAGAUCGUUUAUGUUCAAACACUGGAAACUGACGGCGCUGGUGACAACAAUCAUACGAUCGAGACUGGACGACAGGCUCUGAUGGCAACGAAGGGCGGGAAAAAUCUUCGUUUGAUCGAUGUCACGGCUGGCAGACGGGUGAUUGGACACAUGAAAUUGUCGGAUAUCGUAUCUGUUCACGUGGAGAGAGAGCACCGCCGCGAGGGAACGGCUCUAAGAAGUGAACAAGAGGUUACCGAAGAUCUCAAUCAUGGACAUAUUGAGUUUUGGCAGGAUCGACCGGAAGACGACCGCAACGAGUGUGCCGCCGAUAACGAAAAGAGAUGGAACGCCAUCCACCAAGACUCUUUGAAACUUGAAACAAUCAGCGGCACCCUGUAUCUUCGCUUCUACUCCGAUCUGGAGGACAGCGAAGCACAUCCAGAGCGAGUGAUAGCGGAAAUGGACGAGAACAAUUCUGUCUACAAGGAUACAGCUCUUCAGUGGGCUCAAACCAUUGCCCGACAGUGUUGCACCAUGACUCAGUUGAAGCAGCCACUUCCGCAUUUUGGCGGCGGCAACGAUCAAGAUGAAAUCAAAGACUUCCUUCACAUUGUACCGAAACACGAAAAGACUGGGCAUCGCCGACGUUUCAAUGCUGCAGGCAUUCGUGGCCACCGACGACACCGGUCGGUUGGUCAACAACACCGGUUGGUUGGUCAGCAACAGCACAAGCGAGCGACGACUGAGUUGCCCGCUCUCGGUCGCGAAGAUUUGGAACAUGGCGCAGCUGCUUCUCCAAACGACAAACACCCCUUUCAAAAGGAAGAUGACCCUUCUUCUGCGCCUUCGAUUCCCAAACCUCGCAAGUUUACACGGUUUGCAUCCUUUGAUGACGUCGAAGGGCAAUCGCAGAAACGGGAGGAUGACGACGAAGGUCGAGCGUUGUCUAUGGCAUAG